AUGGAACAUAACGAGUACCCAAGGUAUCAAACACUGCUGGUGGCUGAGCAUCUAUUCUGGCACUGCCCCAUAGCGAAAGCAGUUUGGAACGUCAUCCGCAGCAUAUGGCGACAGAUAGCGGGCCUACCACAACCUUCCCACAACGUGAAACGAGCUGCUGUUGAAGGGGGUCGCAUGGACGGACUCUCGGUCUUUCGCACUGGAGGCAGAUCAGGAACGGUGGCGAGUACUGUUUGGGGAGACCCUGUGGUUGCUGUGGCUUUAUCGAGUACGGCACGUGCCUUCACAACGCUCUGGUCGGUCUACGAGCAAGAAGCCAAGGAUAAAGCCUCCAGGGAUCUUGCAGAAGGAUACUGCGAGCUGCUCGUGUUAGCCGUGCCGAACCUUGGUAACCGUCGAUAUAUUUCCUUUCUUACUUUUCCGCAGGACUGCGAAACGCGCCUGCAGCCGGAUGAUCAUCUGACGGUCAUCUCUGACUUAGAGAAUUCUGCUCCUGGGAAAGGAUGGCGUGCGGUUGUCACGGAGAAUAUCAGCUUCAUACCUCCAGGGUUCUGCGCCUUCAGCCUCAUCCGGCCAUGGAACCGCGAGACCGGCACAUGGGUCGACCUGCCUGCAGACCAGGAGCCUUAUGUGAUUCCCUUCACUACACUGAUCGAUGUGGUUGGUGCGCGCAAGCUCCUUGCUCCAUCUAGCCGCAGCAGGUUGUCGUGCACCUAG